CAGCAGCCGCCGCCGCCGCCGCCGCAGCCGCCGCAGCAGCAGCAGCCGCCGCCCCAGGCCCCCCCCAUGGAGCCCGAGGCCCCGGAUUCCCGCAAGAGGCCCCUCGAAACGCCCCCCGAGGUGGUCUGCACCAAGCGCAGCAACACGGGAGAGGAAGGCGAAUACUUCCUGAAGGUGCUGAUCCCCAGCUACGCAGCAGGCUCCAUCAUUGGCAAGGGCGGGCAGACCAUCGUACAGCUGCAGAAGGAGACAGGAGCUACCAUCAAGCUCUCUAAGUCCAAAGACUUCUAUCCGGGAACCACAGAGCGAGUAUGCCUGGUACAGGGCACAGCAGAGGCCUUGAAUGCUGUGCACAGCUUUAUUGCUGAGAAGGUCCGAGAAAUCCCACAAGCAAUGACCAAGCCUGAGGUGGUCAACAUCCUUCAACCCCAAACCACGAUGAACCCCGACAGAGCCAAGCAGGCCAAGCUGAUCGUCCCCAACAGCACCGCGGGCCUGAUCAUCGGCAAGGGGGGAGCGACAGUGAAAGCCGUGAUGGAACAGUCGGGUGCCUGGGUGCAGCUGUCCCAGAAGCCAGAGGGCAUCAACCUUCAGGAGCGCGUGGUGACAGUCAGCGGCGAACCGGAGCAGGUGCACAAGGCCGUGAGCGCCAUCGUACAGAAGGUACAGGAAGACCCCCAGAGCAGCAGCUGCCUCAACAUCAGCUACGCCAACGUGGCUGGCCCCGUGGCCAACUCCAACCCCACCGGCUCACCGUACGCCAGCCCCGCUGAUGUGCUGCCCGCCGCCGCCGCCGCCUCGGCCGCCGCCGCCUCCGGCCUGCUGGGCCCCGCGGGGCUGGCGGGCGUGGGCGCCUUUCCGGCCGCCCUGCCCGCCUUCUCAGGCACCGACCUGCUGGCCAUCAGCACGGCGCUAAACACGCUGGCCAGUUACGGCUACAACACCAACUCCCUCGGCCUGGGCCUCAACUCGGCCGCAGCCUCCGGGGUCCUGGCCGCCGUGGCCGCCGGUGCCAACCCCGCCGCCGCCGCCGCGGCCAACCUCCUGGCGUCCUACGCGGGGGAGGCCGGGGCCGGGCCGGCCGGAGGGGCCGCCCCGCCUCCACCCCCGGGCUUCCUGACGGCCGAGAAGUUGGCGGCCGAGAGUGCCAAGGAGCUGGUGGAGAUUGCGGUGCCUGAGAACCUGGUGGGGGCCAUCCUGGGCAAAGGGGGCAAGACGUUGGUGGAGUACCAGGAGCUGACGGGCGCCCGCAUCCAGAUCUCCAAGAAGGGGGAGUUCCUGCCAGGCACGCGGAACCGGCGGGUCACCAUCACGGGCAGCCCUGCGGCCACGCAAGCCGCUCAAUACCUCAUCAGCCAGCGGGUCACCUACGAGCAGGGAGUGAGGGCCUCAAACCCCCAGAAAGUGGGAUGAGGCCUGUGGUGUCUGCUCCCACCCUCCUUCCUGCCCCUUCUCCUCCUCUUCCUUCUCCUCCCCCUCCCCCACACCCCCAACUCCUGACCUCAGCUCGGUGUAGUCCUGCUCCUCGUGGGAUGGGGCUGGGGUAGGCCUGACUGCACCCCCCCUUCUGGUAGUCAUAGGCAGGAUUGAGUGCUGGCUGGGGAUGGGGCCCAGAAGCUCCCUCCCCAGCCCUGAACUGACCCCUCCUUCCCUCCCUAUGCUUGACUGGGCCUGACCCUCCUCUCCCCAGGGCCCAGGUCUGUGUGAUAUCUGUAUAUAUUGCAUUUUGUUGAUUUUAAUAGAAAACAAAGCGUUAUUUUCUCUUU